AUGAGCUCUGGAGAUAUUGACAGAAGAAUCAACUCGCGUUUAAGAGCGUUCUUGUUUUCUCAAAUAGAGGAGACCAAAGACAAUGUCCGCUUGGCAUAUGUCCUCGGUGCUCGGCAAAAGGCUGGCGAUAUAUUGAAUCAACAAGAGUUAGAAUUCUUGCAAGAUCAAGAGAUUGAGAGGAGAGUGCUGGAGAAAUUAGAAAAGAUGCUCGACAAAGUGGAACACCCUGCCAGUGGGAGACGAGUGAAUUUGAAUCAUGGAUUGCUUGGAGAAAGAGAGGUGUUUGCUGUGAUCCGUUUCUUUUAUCUUGUGCGCAUCGCUCAGCAAGGAUUUCUGCCGUUGAUUGCCAAUGCGUAUCCAACAUUGGAGUCCGAAGCUAUCAUUUACCUUGCCGAUAAAUUGGUCGCUGGAUCCAUGGGCGGCAUCUCCACAAUUCGCCAUGAGCUGCAAUAUUCAGAAAUGGUGAAGAAUGAAGCCAGAAACACUGCACGAGAUAUCGCCUUGAAGCUGUAUAAAGAAGCCAAUGAACCUGUGGCAGAUGGAUUCAAUACGACUUAUAAGGAAAUCAUGCAAAUCGCUCAUUGUAUAGCAGGUCAAGGCAUGUACGAGCAUCAAAAGAAGAUGGGCGAUCUUUCUGCAACCACUCUUUUUGAACCAUCUAUCGCAUCCGUACCUCCCGUGUAUGUCGUCUUGCCUCACAUGAGUAUGGUAGGAGAUCCCAAGCUCAGUAUGCCUUCCGUGGAUCCUACGCUCCCUAUUCCCGGUUUUCUGUUAUCGUCCAAGACGGCUGAUAUAACACCACCUGCACCCAAGGAUUUGAAGGAGGAUACGGCUAGCAGUGCUUGGACCGACCCAAAUGCCAUUGUAGACGAUACCAACACUGUGCCAGCCAAGACCGACGGCGUUGAGACAUCAGCAGCAGCAACAUCUGCUUCUGAACAUCUGCCAGAUCAAACUCCUGUCGAGACACAUCAUCAUGUUGAUAAUCCCAAUGCAGCACAUGAGGAAGCAGAUUCAACACCCGAAACAGACGAAACAGCCACCAAGGACACUGAAAAAACGACUAAAAAGAAGAGAAACAGCAGCAAAAAGAAGUCAAGGAGAUCCAAGAGUGAUAGAUCAAAGCGAUCCGAAUCUCAAGCAAGCGAAGAUGCUGCUAUUCAUGGUGAGCAAUAUCAGGAUCAAGAAUCAGAGAAUGACAACAGUAGCACCAAGCCUCUAGAAAACAGCGUGCCACAACCUCAACAGCAGCAGCAGCAGCAGGAGGAGGAGGAAGAGGAUAACGAAGAAGAUCGAUUUGCUGAUGCAGAUCUUUUAGAUGAUGAGCAUGAUAUCCUUAAACAAGACAAUGAUGAUGAAGCAAAAGAUACCACUAGCAUGACACAGGCACAGCAGCAAUCACCAGGAAAUGCAACCACACCUGCACCUCAAUCUGAUGCAGGUAACAACGCUGCUGCUCCCUCGCCAUCUCAAUGGCAGAACUUUGCUGCCACUUGUCACAAUGACACAUAUGGCUCAAAUACACCAUUUUCACCAAAAAGCAGCGCUAGAAGCUCACCAAAAGGUGGACACAGAUAG